CCCUGGACCUUUCCAAAGCCAGGCUGAGGAGGUGGGGAAAGCCCAUGCGCCUGGGGAGUCGGGCUGUGUCAGGGCGGGGCUGCGGACUCCUCGUGCUCGUGUCACCGUGUCCUUUCCCAGAGACAGAGAAGAGGAGGAGGGAAAGGCAGGGUUCAGGGCCAGAGCAGCGGGCGGAGCAGAGCCGAGGGAAGCCUCUCCGGGUGCCCCCACCCCCGCGCGCCUCAGUGGUGCCGGCCGAGGGAAGGGCUCGCGGCUGCGGGGCUCGCGCCGCUGUCAGUGCGGCUGGGCGCGCGAUCGGCGCGGGCGCGGGGCGGCAGACCUGAGAGAAGCUGAGGGGGCUGUAGCGGCGGCGGCGAUUCCCGCGCUUGUGCUCAGCCUUCUCACGCCGCGGCUGCCUUUCUCCUCCCUUCCUUGCGACCCCAGGUGCGGGGGCACCGCCUCCUUCCGCGCCGCGCAGCUUUCUCCAGACCUCUAGGUGCGGGUGAGCCUUGUUCCCAGAGGCAGCUGGUGCUGACCCUGUAACCCAAAGGAGAAAAUAGCUGGCUAAGCACAGCCUUGGUACUGGUGUGCCAUGCUGGGCAUCGGGGUACAAAAGUACGUAAGAGGUGGCCACCAUGUCCUUGAAGAUCCAGACAAGCAAUGUAACCAAUAAGAAUGACCCCAAAUCCAUCAACUCUCGCGUCUUCAUCGGAAAUCUCAACACAGCUGUGGUGAAGAAGUCAGAUGUGGAGACCAUAUUCUCCAAGUAUGGCCGUGUGGCCGGCUGUUCUGUGCACAAGGGCUAUGCCUUUGUCCAGUACGCCAACGAGCGCCAUGCCCGGGCAGCUGUGCUGGGAGAGAAUGGGCGGGUGCUGGCCGGGCAGACCCUGGACAUCAACAUGGCUGGAGAGCCCAAGCCCAACAGACCCAAGGGGCUAAAGAGAGCAGCAUCUGCCAUAUACAGUGGCUACAGCUUUGGCUAUGAUUACUACCGGGACGACUUCUACGACAGGCUCUUCGACUAUCGGGGCCGCCUGUCGCCUGUGCCAUUGCCCAGGGUGGUCCCUGUGAAGCGACCCCGGGUCACAGUCCCUUUGGUCCGGCGUGUCAAAACUACCAUACCUGUCAAGCUCUUUGCCCGCUCCACAGCCGUCACCACCAGCUCAGCCAAGAUCAAGUUAAAGAGCAGUGAGCUGCAGGCUAUCAAGACAGAGCUGACGCAGAUCAAGUCCAACGUUGAUGCCUUGCUGGGCCGCUUGGAGCAGAUUGCUGAGGAGCAAAAAGCCAAUCCAGAUGGCAAGAAGAAGAGUGACAGCAGCGCUGGCAGCAGCAGUGGUGGUGGCGGUGGCAAUAGUGGCAGCAGCAGCCGGCCACCAGCCCCCAAAGAGGACACGCCUUCCGGGGUAGGCACGCCCCAAGGAGAAGCACAGGCUCGAGAUGAUGGUGAUGAAGAGGGAUUGCUGGCACAUAGCGAGGAAGAGCUGGAGCACAGCCAGGACACAGAUGCAGAGGAUGGGGCCUUGCAGUAAGCAGCCUGACAGGAGCAAUGGCCACCAGCAGGAGAAGGGCAUCGCCGUCCCAGGCCUCAAGCUGGGCACCCGCCCUGGAUGCCACCCCCCAGCGGGUACCAGAGGAGAGCGGGCAGCAGGCACCUCCUCCCCCAUGCAUCCCAGACAAUGUCACAUCCUCUGCAGGUGGAGUUUCCAGCCUACCCUUUCCCUGUGCACCCUCCCUUUGUGCACUGUCCAGGCCAGAGGGCAGAGCACAAGUGUCUCCCCACACUCUGCCUCCCUUCCCCCCAGGACACUCCUAGGCUUGGGGUUUUUCUAUAGAUUUGGAGGGGGGCCCACAGGGAGGGACCCUGACAAUAAAGAGAUUGGAUCCCAA